AUGGGAAUCACACAUCUAUGCUUUGCUGAUGAUCUCCUCCUCUUUGCCAGAGGAGAUGAGAGUUCUAUAAGACUACUACAUGACAAAUUUUCACUAUUCUCAGAAGCAUCUGGAUUGAAAGCAAACUUAGCCAAGAGUCAAGUAUAUUUUGGUGGAGUGGAUGAUAAUACUAAGGCAACCAUUCUGUCUAUCUUGGGGUAUGAAAUAGGAGAGUUGCCUUUUAAAUACUUGGGGUUGCCGCUGUCUACAAAGAGACUCACAAUUCUACAAUGCAAACCACUGGUAAAUAAGAUAACAGCCAGAAUUACUACAUGGAUGGCCAAAUGUCUUUCAUAUGCAGGCAGACUUCAGUUUGUGAAAGCAAUGCUAUUUGGAGUUCAGGCCUAUUGGUCUCAACUAUUUUUUAUGCCAAAGAAAAUAAUUAAGAUGGUAGAGGCAGUAUGUAGGAGCUAUAUGUGGUCUGGAGAAGCAACUAUUGCUAAGAAAGCUAUAAUAGCUUGGGACAAGGUAUGCUUGCCUAAGAAUGCUGGGGGGAUGAACUUACUGAACCUAAGAAUAUGGAAUCAGGUGGCCAUUUGCAAACUGUUAUGGGCUUUAAGUCAGAAGAAGGACAGACUCUGGAUUACUUGGAUAUACACCUGCUAUAUCAAGAAUCAGGAUAUUCACACCAUGGAUAGCCCCAAGCAAGCUGCUUGGAUGAUAAGGAAGAUCAUACAUAUGAGGAAGCACUGGCAAGAAUUGGGAAAUAUUGAUAGCCUGAUCAUAGGAGGAAAGUUUCAUUUGGCUACUGCUUAUAAGAGACUUCGUGGAGCAGUUGAGAAUGUGGCCUGGAACAAACUCAUAUGCUACAAUAUAGCUGAACCCAAACACAAUUUCAUCCUAUGGGUGAACUUACAUGGGAAAUUGAGAACAAAAGAUAUGCUGAUUAAAUGGGGCCUCAGUGUGGAUCCUUUGUGUGUGUUUUGCAACUCUACAAUGGAAACUCAGGAACACCUAUUUUUUGACUGCCCAUUCACAAAGGGAAUUUGGCAGAGUAUGCUCAAUUGGCAACAGUGGGAUAGAAGAAUUCAAACAUGGUCUGUUGAAUGGGGACGGGUACAAACAGAAAUCACGUGGAAGCGACCUAGGAAGGUGAUUCUCAGGGCAAGCUUGGCAACAGUGGUUUACAGCAUUUGGAUAGAGAGAAACAAGAGAAUUUUUCAACACAAGAUCACACCUAGACAAAAUAUGGUGCACCAGAUGAAGCUCAGUUUGUGCACCAGAGUCCGAAGGAAUCAGAGGCUGUUUAGCUAUAUUAACUCAUUAUGAGUUUAGGAACAUUGUAAUUAGUUGAAUUUUUUUGUUAUAGAGGGCAGAAUGAGAAGGGACUGAAUUGGUUAAUUCACCCUAGUUUUGUAAUGAGUUCACUUGGGAAUUAAUAAAAUUUCCUUUAAUCGCCAAAAAA